AUGGCGAGUUCCCAUGGCAAGUUAGAAAUGACCUUGGAAAAUAUCACUGUGGUCAUGGGAACCAGAACACUCGAUGACUCCCGCCUGGAGAGAAAGCAAGUGCAGAAGAUAAUUAUUCACAAAGAUUAUGAACCACCUCACCUGGACAGCGACCUCUCCCUGUUGCUGCUUGCCACACCAGUACGAUUCAAUAACUUCAAAAUGCCCAUCUGCCUGCAGAAGAAGGAGAAGACGUGGGACCGCUGCUGGAUGACAGAGUGGGUGAUGGCUCCUUCGUAUGACCGAAAGGACAACUCCAACAUAUACCUGCAGAAGCUGAGAGUGGUGCAGAUUACCUGGAGAGAAUGCAGCCAGAGGGUAGACCAGCUCUCCAGGAACGUGCUCUGCGCCUGGCAAGAACUGGGCACCAAAGGCACCUGCCAGGGAGACAGUGGGGCACCUAUGGUCUGUACUAUCCACGGAAGCCGGAGGCUCUUCCAAGUGGGUGUGUUCAGUUGGGGCAUACGAUCUGGCUUCAGGGGGAGGCCUGGUAUGUUUGUGUCUGUGGCUCAGUUUCUUUCAUGGAUCCAGGAAGAGACAGAAAAGGAGGGGAAAGCCUACACCUUCUCAGGAACUCAGAGAAGCAGCUCCCUGCAUCAUGUUCUCUGGUACCCCUUGUGGUUGGCUUGGGGGUCUCAAGUACAGCUUACCAGCAUGUUUACUGGUGAUAAAUCAGGGGCAGGGUCCCUCUUUGACCUGGUUCCUGCCGGAAUCUCCCCUCCACACCUGCCCUCCUCACUGGAUUUCAACAGCAAGGCUUCCUGUUCUUGUCCCAUGGCUGACGGCUACAGCCAGUCUCUGAAAUGCCCUCCUUCAUCAGGAUACUUUAUGAUGCCCACAGCCUUCCACCCUGCCAUGAAAGUUCUGUCGGAGCAUGGUCUCGGCCUGAUCACCACGGGCAUCCGGGAGGGACAGACCUCUUGCUACAUGGAGGAUUACCACGAGCAGUACCUAGGCAAGAACCCCAGUGGGUUCUGUGACCUCGGGGGCAACGGAGUGUCCUGUCCCUGGGUAUUUAUUUUGGACCCAGAGUUCACAUGUCGGAACCCUAGCCCCCAGCAUGGCUAUGUUUUUUGA